AUGUGUUCCGGUUCCGAUAAUUCAAUAAUUAUUGAAGAACUGGAUGUAGAAAAGGUGUCGGUUGAAGAAAUCGAGUUGAUAAAUUUAUUGAAUAGUUAUGGAAUGUCCGAACGAGUUAUUGAAGCGUUUCUCGUUAAUUGUUACACCAUAAAAACAUUGAAAAUCAUACUGAGGAAGGAAAUUGAGGAACUCCUUCCUUCGCCGUUUCUUGUUGAUCGAACCAGAUUCAUUCAUGAAUUGGACUCUUGGAGGGAGGCACAGGGGCUUUCAAAAGUCAGCGAACAACCCGUUACUUGCAAUUCAUUUGUGACCCGAGACAACAACGCGCGGCCCUCUGAAGAGACUCAAGUGACUCGAGAAGCCUGUACUCCCACCUUCUUAUUGAACGCGUCAUCGAAAGGGCAAGCCAUCCUAAGGAAGUACAGCAAAACCGCGUUCCUCUCCAGAGCUGACAAAAAAACUGUCACCCACAUUGUUGUUGACGAGUUCAAAACCCGUUUCUCUAAGCUGUCAUCGUCGGAACUUCUGGAUAGAGCUUGUGAGCUGAAACUGAAGAAACUGCAGAAGCCAAUCGGGAGCGGACCAUUCUCCGACCGCGAAAUAUACUCCGCCGAAUCGUACCUAAUUCGUCAAGCUCAACCAACAAGCCUACCCGGACGAGAUAGCAGUUCUUCGGAAGCAGCAGCAGCAGCAGCAGUGCUCGAUUCCCAAGUCAAGUGUGCUGCACCAGAAAACGCCCUGGAUUGA